AACACACAACACUGCACUCUGUUGUCUUGUGAACUGAUAUAGUGUCCUCAGGAGUCAUAUAGCGCUUGGGACCAGAAACGUGGUGACAUUCUGCGUCGGAAACAGGUCGCUGAGGAUGGCCCGGUGCGAGAUUCCAUCCACUUGUGUCUGAGCACCCGUACUAGAAAAGGAAGCGCCUCCAGGGAGUUCGAAGACUGUGGUUAUCAGGAGAGAUGAUGAUGAUGCCAGCGGCAAAUGAUACUACCGAGUACAAUGUCGCUCGACCCGUUCCUGACGGAAGCCCUGCAUCGACGCAACAAGAGUUCCGGUACGAGUUCGAAGAGGAACAGAGACCUCCCAUGUGGGGAUGGAAGCGGAUUGUCAUCGUAAGCCUCGUUGCAGUUGCGCUCAUCGUUGCCACCUUUCUGGGCGGUUACUUCCGCGGGAUCGAAGUUGGUAAACGGAUCAAAGAUAGCAACACUGGGAACCUCUCAGACGAACUGUUUGAUUCCGAAUGGCAGCAUCUACCAUGCAUCAAUCCGGACUACAAGUGCCCGGAAGACUUUCAAGAAGCUCCACUAUUGCUUAUAUCCCUGGAUGGUUUCCGACCGGACUACCUGGAAAGGCGUCGGAAUCCCUCCUUGGAACGACUAGCCCAAUGUGGUGUAAAGGCACCGUUUAUGAGACCGGUGUUCCCGUCGAAGACGUUUCCCAAUCAUUAUACCAUCGUGACUGGGUUAUGGCCAGAAUCUCACGGUAUUGUCGACAACAAAAUGUACGAUCCCGAACUCAAGACCUUGUUCAAGCUCGGUAAUAAGGAGUCCUUCAAGACCAGAUGGUGGGAAGGUGAACCGAUAUGGGUGACGGUUGAGAAGCAGGGCAAGAAGUCCGCAACCUUCUUUUGGCCUGGUUCCGACGUGAAGAUUCGAAAUGGCCGUCCGAGUUACUACUUCAAAUAUAAUGAGAAGAUACCGUGGCAGAGCAGAGUGGAGGUCAUCUUAGCAUGGUUGGAUCUUCCACCAGACAGGAGACCAUCUUUCAUGAGCCUCUACGUGAAUGAGCCAGAUAGUGCUGGACACGAUUAUGGGCCUCAUUCAGAGAAGGUCGACGAGGCUUUGGAGCUCCUGGAGAUCAUGCUGGACAGGCUGAUAGCGGGUCUUCAAGAAAGGAAUAUCUUGGGCUGCGUGAACAUCAUCAUUGUGUCUGACCACGGAAUGACUAGUAUCAGCUGUGAUCAAGUCAUCGCCCUUGAUCGAUACGUCGAUCCAUCAAGUUUCUACUCUUUGGUUGGAGCUUCAGCUCGGAUCAAGCCAAAGUCCAGCACGAAAUUUGCAGUUGGCCAACUGGUCGAAAUGCUGCGGUGCAGGCAUGAACACCUGCUUGUCUACGCAAAAGAAAGGCUACCGAAACGCUACCAUUACUCUGAUCACAGACGCAUUGAGCCUAUUGUAUUAGACAUGGACUCGGGUUACCUUGUUCUAAACAAGAUGGCGGACAAAGAGUCUGACUAUUGCACGGGAGGUGCUCAUGGCUACGACAACAUGGCACCGAGCAUGCAGGGCAUCUUUCUAGGUCAUGGACCAGCGUUCAAGCAAAACGUCGGAGUGAGACCGUUUCGAAAUAUUGAGCUCUACGAGCUGAUGGCAGAGUUGCUCAAGAUAUCUCCAAGACCGAACAACGGGACACGAGGAGCACUGCAUUAUCUCUUGAGGAGCCACGGUCCACUGCCAGACCUUCCUCAUCCUCAAGUGCCUCCUCAGUGCUACGUCAACUUUGAGAAUGCGACUGAGGACGUAGCUGAUGAGGACGAUGGCUGCAUGUGCAAAAGCGAUACACGAACAGCAGCGACGCAUUUUGGCUUCGAUCGCAAGACCCACGACGCAACCAGGCCUUUUCACGGACUUCACGUUCCCUGGGGAGAUCCUGCCCUAGUAACUUCAGGGGCAGACGUGGAACAAAAGUCGCAGUGUCUUCUCACAAACCACGACUAUGUAGCUGCCUUCCAUAAAGAUCUAAGGUUGCCCCUCUGGACUGCUUACACGUUACGAGGAAGGCAAGAGAGCUCAAUAGCAAACGGCUGCUGGGAACGGGAUGCUCGGUUGCAAGGGAAAGACCUAACCUGCAAGGAAUAUGAAACUUUACGGACGGCCACUAUACCUCUUGUGAAAGAAGCCCUUUUUCCACCAGAUUUCGUAUCCGCAAAGGAACACGAAGCAUCAGUUUGGCUCCAUUCGAACGCCCUGCCUUUCUACCGGAACCACUCUGUAGGCGUACGGCGGGAAAUGAUCCUUCUUAUCAAACACUGGGAAGCGAAAUACGGUUCCCUUAAUCUGGUAAUGGGGCCUGCGUUUGACGUCCACGGCAAUGGCAGGCGACCUCCGUUGCAAGAGAUACUAGACUCUCGGGAGCCUGGAAGCAUAGUUGCGGUUCCAUCUCACAUCUUCUGUGUGCUGACCCGAUGUCUUACGGCUGGCGUGUCAGUGCAGGCGUGUAUUCCUUCCCAGCUAGACGUCAUCGCCUUCCUGCUGCCUCAUCUUCCAAGACCCGAGAACUGCCAGGCAAUGAACCAGUACCUUGUUCAGCACAUGGCAACAGUAGGAGACGUUGAACUCUUGACAGGUCUCCAGUUCUUCACCGAACUUCCCGUUUACGAAGCCAUCCGAUUGCGAACAGAGAUACCGUCCGGACUUUGGCCGACGUAGUUGUACGCGAUGGUACGCAGAGAAUCGCCUCGUCAUCUACAAAGGCAAUCAUGCGCGGAUUCUUCGUCGGGUGACAAUACCGCUCUCACAACGACGGUCUUGAAGUGUGUGAGUUAUGUGCCGUGCUACAACAGGACACCGAGGGACCUGACAAUAAGAUGUUCAGUGUAGUCGCGGCCUCAAGGAUACCGCUGCGUCUCUUGAGGUGACAAUGCCGACCAGGCAAUGACUAAUAAAUGUUCUGAAGAAGUC